AUGGUUUUGGUGUACUUGUGACAUCAGACGGAUUGGCCACAUCAAUUCGACUCUCGGUCGGUGACGUAUUGGAAGAGCCAUGGCUUUCCGCGACAAUCGACGAUGUCAUCGAAGCUGUUUGCAAGUGAUCACCCUCCGACCGUACGUCAAAGGUUGAAGCUCGCGGUGUCGUCAAGUCGUCGUCUAUAUACCGCGACUGACGGGCUGCUGAACCGAUAA